AAACAAUACUAAAAAUAGACGCCGUGACCAUCUAUUCUUUGAAUGCAGCUUCUCCAUGGCGGUUUGGUCUUCUUUUGCUAGUAAGUUCUUCGUAAAUCCGCCAAGCUCUCUUCGUGAUGUUGCGAGUUGGAUCCAGUCCAGACCAGUCAUUGCCUCUCAACCUCGGCCGCCUAACGCUACUAUCACUAAGCUCAUCCUUCAGGCGUCAAUCUCUGCUAUUUGGAAGGAACGCAACUCGCGCAUCUUCUCUGUGGCUUCUUGCUCGAUACCUGUCAUCCGCAAGUCUAUUGAUCGCUCUCUCCGUGAUCGCCUGCUUUCGUUCCCUGCUCCUUCUUCCUCCGCUCCUUUUUUACUUGCAGUUUACUUUGGUUGUAUUCCUUUUGUUUAAUUUCUGUUUAUCGUUUUAUCCUUCCACUAGGUUGAUUAAUAAAUUGUAUGCAACAUGAAAAAAGAAAAUAGUAUAAAAUUUAACAUUUACACC